CACCAUGUCCGACCUGGAACGCAUAAGACUGGUAAUAUUGGGUGGUGCUGGUGUUGGCAAAAGUUCCAUUGUCAAACGAUUUCUAUUCAAAACGUAUACGGAUAAAUAUCGUGCCACUGUCGAAGAUCUCUAUAAUCGUGAAUAUGAUUUGGGUGGUGUUACCUUGAAGGUUGAUAUUUUGGAUACAUCCGGUGAUAUGCAAUUUCCUGCCAUGCGACGUUUAUCUAUAGCCACAGCGCAUGCAUUUAUGCUCGUCUAUGCCACAACAUCUGGACCAAGUUUUCAAUGUGUGAAACAAUGUUUUGAAGAAAUUCGAGAGCAAAGAGCUGACUUUCAAGACAUACCCAUAGUUAUUGCUGGCAAUAAAUCUGAUUUGGCAAAAACACACCGAGAAGUUAAACUGGAGGAGGUAACAGACUGGGUCUAUUGUGAAUUACCACGUUUAAGGUAA